CGAGUAUAUUAGUUUCUCUCUCUCUCUCUCUUUUUUUUGUUGGUUUUUCACUCAUCAUUAACAAAUGGAUUGGAUCUAUCUCAUUCAUGUUAUAAUUUGUUUAUUUCUAAUGAAACAACUCAUCUCUCUUCUAUACAUCAUAUUCAUUUAUACAAUUGGAAAGAGAUUAUUUUCUAAAAGGAAAUUAUUGAGAGAAGCUGGUGAAUGGGCAAUUGUCACUGGUGCAACCGAUGGAAUUGGUAAAGUAUAUGCAGAAGAAUUAGCUAAUGAUGGUUUGAAAAUUAUGUUGAUUAGUAGAAAUGAAGAGAAACUUUUGAAUGUUGCUAAUGAGAUUGAAUGUAAUUAUCAUGUAGAGACAAGAAUAGUCACAGCUGAUUUCACAAAGACUGAUGUCUAUCAAAGAAUACAAGAAGCUAUAGAUCAAUUAUCAUCAAUUGCUUGUUUAGUAAAUAAUGUUGGUAUGGGUGUUCCUAAAUUAGACUAUUACGCAACAGCAGACUAUAUUACUAUAGAUUUUAUUAAAAACAUCGUUUUUUGUAAUACUUUACCUAUUGCUAUGAUGACCCAUAUAGUAUUACCAAAAAUGUUAAAACAAUCAACAACUGGUAUGGCUAUCAUUAAUAUUGGAUCACAUUCUGGUUAUAGGGCUUUUCCAUUUUUAUCAUUAUAUUCAGCAACAAAAGCAUUUGUUAAUCAAUUAUCUAGAUCCAUAUCGAAUGAGAACUAUGAUCAUCGUAUUCAUAUACAAACAGUUUGUCCAAUGUUUGUAUCUACAGCAAUGAAUGGUUAUUGUAAAAUGUCAUUAUUUGUCCCAAAUGCAAAAGAAUAUGUAAAAUGUGCAUUAGAUAUGUAUGGUGUUGAACAAGAAACAUUUGGUUAUAUUGGUCAUGCAAUUAAAGAAUAUUUCACUAGUUUAUUACCAAAUUCAAUUUGGAAAUAUUAUAUGUUAUUUAUGAAAUCAUGGUUUGAUAAACAUAAAAAACAAUAAAAUAUUAUAAUGUAUAUUUUUAGUUGCCAUAGUGAAUAACCAUGAAAAAUCGAUAAUUUCAUAUCAAAAAAUUUUGAUUGAUUUUUCCUAAUCUUUAGUUUGUUUUUUUUGUUGUUUCCAUUAUAUAUUAAUCAUACAUUUGAAAUCAAUAAUUAAUUUUUAUAAUGAUCU